AUGAGCUCAAAGCUACCUCCCCGCCGCACCAGGGCGGAUCACAAUGCCGAAGAGUGGUGGGCACUGCUUGAGAUUCCCAAAACCGAAGAGGAAUGGGAAGACGCAGCCUCAAAUCCAUACAUUCCCCCGACGAGCGCUAAGAGCGAAACAGAAAAGUCAAAGGGCAAAGAGCCAGCCAAAACGACAGAUAAGCCACAAAAGGCACCCGAUCCGCGCCAUGGGAAGAGGAUUAGGGACCUACAUGUCCGAGAAAUGAAAGGCUGUCUAUCCGCAUCUAAGAUUGGCCUCCCAGAAUACCUGACUGGACGUAUCAUAUGGCAUAAGGCUAAAAUCAGCGACCUCUCUAUCGAUGAAAACCAGUCUAAGCCAUUGACAGAUGUUCAAAAAGGGCUAGGAUUUGAGAAGGCAGCUAGAGAGUUUGCUGCCAAGUACCAAACGAAGAACACGGAAUUUAAGAGGUACUAUAAACAUAUAAAGAAAUAUGGUAGUUCUCUACGUGAUGAUGAGCGCCGUUGUACCGGCGAGUACGCCUUCGUCCGUGACCUUCAACUCAAUAUCAUUCAACGGCCCGACAUCGAAGAUCAACACUUGCGAGAGCUUUCCGAAAAAGCUAGGAUCUGCGAGAUGUGGGCGAGGUCGCAGGAGGAUCCCUCAGAAACCACUUCCGGCACUAUUGUGACAGGGCAUCAGAAAGGGGAGACAGACGAAACAAUGAUGUCUGGUGAUACCCUCAAUGCAACCUUGCGCAGCCACGACAAUAUUGUAUCCAGGGAACAGCGCUCAGAUGAUAUCACGAUGGGCGAGGAGGUUACCAAUACCUCUCUCAUGCAGUUUCUGGGUACCUUGUGUCUGGAUUUCCCUCGGGAGUCCAAAAGGAGGCUGAUGUGGAACCCUUGUAAGCCUUACAUAUCAUUCAUGCAAAAGGAAAGUCGAUUUUUCUUGAGACCACAAUCCGAGCAAGGUGACAUGGACAUGGACCGGAAUGAUCAGGAGUCUGAUAGACCUGCCAAGAAGCAGAAGAAAUCAGAUGAAGAUGGUAGAUUGAUUCUCUACGCGGAUGGACAAUUAGUCAACCCUCAGAACAGGAAUGACAUCCAUUGUAUCGUGGAGGUCAAGUCCAAUCUCCUCCGGUCCAAAACUGGCUAUGAGAAUUUCCUGCGCCAGAUGGGCUGGGAGAUGCUGUUUUGGAUUGCGAAUUGCCACAAGCUGAACCUCAUGAAAAACCGAUGGAUCAUGAUGGCUGAAUGUGCUGAUGAGGUUUACCUGGUCAUCGCCAGGUUUGAACAGCCGUGGCUUGACUAUAUUUCCGGAGAAGAUCCAGAGGACAAUCAGCCUGGUGACAGCUUUCUGCAUCUCUAUCUUGCAGGGCCGCUGAGUGUGUACAACCACAAACACGUCAAACUCUUCGGGAAGUUUGUGGUCACUUUCACUAAGCAACAACUAUUAGAUAUACCGCCUUGA